CUCUCACUCACGUAGAUGUGCUGUGUGGUGGGUGUGAGCGUGAGUGAGUGAUGGCGCUCACCGAAACACUGGCACUAGCAACAAUGGCAGCCGUGUGUUCCAAUCUCGACUUCAGUUUUUGGAUUCAUUUCUUCUAUUUAAACGUGCCUAUUGUGUCAAAUUGAAAUAAAUAUAUCAAAUAUAAAGUAAGCAACUGCAGCAGCUGGUAUAGCCUCAAAUAUUUGCUUUAGGCAUAUGUAGACCUACGACUGAGUUCUGUCAGCUACUCUACACACUGUGUUAGUCUAAUGUGUAACGCAUUGAUUGCUGAUGUGUAUGCUAUAUGCUUGAGGUCCUAAAUCAGCUAACACAGCGUCCUGCCAAGUUGAAGAGCUACAAUGUCGUGUUUUAGGCUGCCUAAGGUGCCUCGUAAAGAUAUCGUCGACCUUAAAGAAGUUAUGUACGAGAAUGUGUGGGAGCUGUUCCGGAAGUCCCUGAGCACUUCCCAGAGAUUGUUUUUAAACAGAGACAAAUACGAACUCUACGUGCCGGAGAAGUCGUUUGUGUUUACCAACAUCUCCACGGAGUUCAAACCCCACGAGCGAAUAGGUCAGAGCAUCAGAAUUGGAGGACUGGAGUCUGGUGGGGAAACACACAGAGACGCUCCUGAUGUAGGAGACAAAACCAGCAGUGGAGUUUCUCUAGAGACAGUCUUCGACAAUGACACGGACGAGAAGCAGACGUACAAGUUCCGGUUUGAAAAGACCAGAAAAACGACAGUCACAGUCUCUUGUCAGGAGAGUUUCACUUUUGGCGGGAAAGCCAACUUCAGCAUCGGGCUCCCUAAAAAUAUCAACUUAGGGAUAGAGUCAGACAUGCACUUUCAGGUAACAGAAUCUGACGGUGAAACCUUCGAAGAGGCCACUCUGAUGGAGGCCACUAGCGACAUACUUGUCAGUCCACACAGCCGUUGUACGGUCAGCGUCCUACUAGACGAGAAGCCCAUCCACCAGGAAUUCACAGCCGUGACCAGGAUGUCCCUCCCUGGGAACGGCGUCUCUGUAUUCAUACGCAGGAAAUCGGACGGCGUCAACGUGUUUGGGUACAAAAUCAAAAACCUCCGCGUGGUUUUUAGCCCGGAUGUCGUCAAGUGCUGCCGACCAAUCAAAGACGGAGAAGGUGACCCGGAUCUGGAAAUGGAUUUCUUAAGUAAGGGUGUCAUACAUGGCGUCAUCGCCUGCAAUCAUAAAAUUUUGUUACGCAGCGGGGAUUCGUCAAAACUUCUAGUUAAGUAGCAAGUCUGCGAGCUUAUUGGUGGCUUCUUCAAAAAACUCUACAAGUAGACAUUGCAUUUAUUUGAGACUGACCUGCCUUGCAUUUUACCAAAGUUCGUAUGGGACGCCUCUGCUACAUAGUUACACGUUCACUCGGUCACAAGACAUCCGAAUGUGGUGUAAGCAACAUUUCAAUCAUUAGCUUUCAUUUGUGUUGGUUUGAACGUUAGAGAAACUUCCUCAGUUCUUUCUACAGAUAUUAUUACAAGUUACUAUGUCGCACUGGCGGAUCCGGGGGGGGCGGUAGGAGCGAUCCCUCCCCCCCCCACUCACUUUGACAAAUUUUAGUAUAGAAUUCACACAAUUUGUAUACGAAUUUAUUACUUAUGUUAAUAAUAGUACUAAUUAUUUAUAUUUCAACCCAUUUUUAGAUUAUUUGCCCCCCCCCCCAUCUAGUAUGUUGGCCGAUUUGGUGGGGGUCGGGAGGGGGCAAUGGUAUCAAUCCCGCCACCCCCAUAAACAUUUGAGGUGGGGCGGUCCAAUUUAUUUGUACAAAUCACAGUUUGCUAACAGAAUCAAGAAUCAACUAAAUAUAUAUAUAUAUAUAUAUAUAUAUAUAUAUAUAUAUAUAUAUAUAUAUAUAUAUAUAUAUAUAUAUAUAUAUAUAUAUAUAUAUAUAUAUAUAUAUAUAUGAUUAAAAAUUGUUAUUGAUAUUUUAACCGAUCUUUAUAUUAUGUCGUUCCCCUGUUAGACAGUCGGUGCGGGGGAGGGGGGGGUUGGCGAAUACCUCUACUGCCCUUCCCACCUAAACCCUUUGAGUGGGGGUGGGGCGGUCCUACUUUUAUGGAGAAAUCAUAGUUUGUAAAUAAAAUUAGUUGAAUUAAUAUACAAAAAUGUAUAUUACGGCACACUCCCUUUCUGGUAUGUUGGGGAACAACAACGACAACAAAUCUACAACAAAGAAUCAGCCCUCCCCGCCGAAACUCAAGAAGUGAUGACGUUUUAAGAGCACGUCUUUUGGAAAAAUAAUGUGGUGCAUAAAAUAUAAACACAGAACGAAGAACCAACUCAACUUGCGCAUCACAUGGGCUAGGGCAGGGGUGGGCAAAUUACGGCCCGCGGGCCACAUGCGGCCCGCCGGAGUGUUUUAUGCGGCCCGCCGACACCUACAGAAGCCAGGUGUGCCCACAGUAUAUACUUAUAAAAAUGCACACUCAAUUCAAGAGACAAUCUCUGAUCAGUAUUUAUUCAAUGCUAUGAAGAACUGUGUGGAAUGUUGGGUAGGCUUGGAACAAGAUGGCAAGGGUGACAACUGGUGGAGCUCGAUCUUUGACUGAGUAAAAUGGUUGUUUUUUUUUAAUACCCCAACCAUAAACUUUAAACAGGAAAAAUUGCACAAAGCUUCAUAAAAUUUCAAUUUCAGAAGGGAGAUUUAUAAAGUAACCAAAUUUAGUAAAUUUAGGGGUAUUAACCACAGGUAGCUUCGAUUAAUAAUAAAUUAAUCCAAAAUUUCCUUCAUCAUAGCAUGGGCAAGGUAAAUGAGAACAAUAUAAAAUCUCAAGGAAGAAUUUGUUACUUUACUUGAAGGACAUUGACUGUGACCUUGUUACCAAUAUUUCUAAUGAAGAGUGGAAGACAGAUUUCAUGUGUUUCAUAAUUACCAUGAAAUGUAAAUGGAUGCUAAAUCCUUUCAAACAAAGCUUUCCCAUUUCUACAAACAAGCAAAAGAAAACAGGCUUUGUCAUUUUCCUUUGUGAAAGGUGAAAUUAUUUCUAGUGAAAUGAUUAAAAGUACAACACUUAUUAAGAUUCUUUAAUUUUGCAAUUUAUAAAAGCAAAUUUUAAGAUGUCAAGAACCAGUUUUCAAUACAAUUAGCCCACCAUUUAGCGCAGAAGCUGAUUAGCUCCAGAGUACAUAACUAGAGCAAAGAGAAGUUCCAGUCAGUACUUCUGAGUGCCCGAAUCUGUAUGUCAACACUUUUAAAAAAUGUGCCACUGUUCACACUAUUUGUGUACACAAUAGUACAAAUACAUCUGUUCUUCUUCUUUGUUCUCAUUUUACAUGUUGGAAGGUUCAGAACAGUAUCUAAGAUGAACCGCGCAAUGUUUUCUAGAUCAGGCAGUUCUCCGAAUAGUUUUGGUUCUAUAGGAGGGCCCUUGUCCAGAGUCCUGUUCGGGUCUCUGAUUUAGUAUGCACCAUUGAAGGACAUGGUCAACAUUCUCUGGUGAUGCUCCAAAAGGGCAAGUUUCGCUCGUCCCGACAUUUAACUUCCGGAACAUAUAUUGUCUCAUCCAGUGAACAAGCAUUAUAUUUUGGGUGGGGGGAAACUAAACAAGUAUAAUUACUGGUCGAUUUUGACUGACUGUAAUUUGACAGCAGUCACAAGGGUAACAACUAGUAAGCUAGUUCCACAGUUCUGGAACAUUAUGCACGAGUGUAAAAAGUAAAAUACUGCACAUUAAGUACAACAGUGUAUUAAUGGGUUAUUGUAAUAUGAAAAGACAACAGCAAUUAAAAAAAAAUAAUUUAUUUCAAAAAUUGCUAACUUUUCUUGUAAUUCCUUAACGUGGAGUGUGGAAAAAAAGAAACGUGAAUAUAAUAUAGUGUAAUUAUGAAUUUAAAGCCAUUCUACACAGUUAGCUAGAGUAUCUUUCUAAGUUGUAUAUACAUAUGCGGCCCGCCAUUCCCAAAUUUAAAGAAAUGCGGCCCUCGAUCCAAAAAGGUUGCCCACCCCUGGGCUAGGGUGUAAUAAUCUUUUAUUGUAUAGGAAAAUCUAAAAUGUAUAACACAUAUUGGCAUUUGGUUUUAAAGAUGGGCCAAGUUUACAUGCUUUCCAUCAGUUGAUUAUGUUGUUUCCUGGCAUCAUUAAAAUAGUAUGACCUUAGAACGUCACUUGUGGACUCUGCUUCAAAUAUUUCUGUCUUGCAUGUACACAAACAAAUAAUGAUCCAUGAUUCAAGAACCAUAACUUUCAAGUUUGACUCAAGGACCAUAACUACUUUCGUUUGUUAUCAGGCGUUAAAUAAAUGUGUUUAAAUUCUUUCCCACCCCCCACCCCCUUUAUAUUAUAACUAUUAAUUUGGAAAGUGUGUUAAAACUUAUGUACAAUUUUAACAUUCAUACAAAUAAAAAUAUUUUAAUAUUA